AUGUCAGCCAAAUCCACUCUUGACCAAAUCCUCCACCGCCACACCGUCCACCCGGACUCCCCUUCCACAAAGGACAAGCUCCUCGGCGCGUCCUUCGUCGUUGUCGACAAGUCCGGUCCCAUUUACUCCGGCGCAGCCGGCCACACCUCCCUCCCCAUAACUUCUUCUUCCUCACCCACUUUCGGGACCGACUCCUUCCUCUGGGUCGCCUCCCUCACCAAGCUCCUCACAACCAUCUGUCUCAUGCAACUAGUCCAACAAGGCAAACUUUCUCUCGAUCAAGAUGUUCGUGAGAAACUACCCGAGUUGACAAACGCCGGUAUCCUUCGGGGUUUCGAGGCAGACAAAGAAGGGGAAGAGGCAAAAGGGAAGGCGAUACUGGAGAAGAUCGAGAAGCCAAUUACGACCCGGCAGCUGCUCACGCACACCGUCGGUUUAUCCUACGACGUGGGCCACCCGCUUCUGGAGCGAUGGGCCAAGGAAGUAGGCAAAAAGGGUGACUCGAAUUCCAUGACGAUGGAGGGGUGGACUACCCCUCUUUUGUUCCCGCCGGGUGACGGGUGGGUGUAUGGAACGGGGUUGGAUUGGGCGGGGAUUUUACUUGAGCGAGUGCUGGGUGAGAACGACCAGAAGAUGACGUUGGGACAGUACAUGCGGAAGAACGUGUUCGAGCCAUUGGGCAUGGAGGCUUCAACCCUCAAGCCGGCGGCUGAGCCUGUCGAGAAACUGGAGAACAAAAUGAAGGAUAAGCUGGUCCCCGUUGCGCUGAGGGAUGCCGAGACGGGCGAGCUGUCGCUGAGUGAACUGCCGAUUCCGGCGGCGUGGGAUCCUAAGAAUGAAAGCGGAGGCUCGGGGCUGUGGACUACGGCGGAUGAUUAUGGCAAGGUUUUGGCGGCGGUUUUGAGGACCUUUGACCAAGGGGACGGGGAGCUGGGACUCAGGAAGGAGAUGGUCGAUCUCAUGUUUAGUCCGCAAUUGAAUGACAAGGGGUUGGAGAUGAUCAAGGAGAUGGGGAGAGUAUUUCAUCCGGGCGUCAUGCCUGAGUUUCCGGAAGGGUUCGAGGCGGUCGAUCAUGGUCUUGGUGGACUGCUGAAUCUGGAGGAUGUGGAGGGAAAGAGGAGGAAGGGGAGUAUGAUGUGGCAUGGGUACUGCAAUUCGCAUUGGUGGAUUGAUCGCGAAACGGGCAUUGGUGCGUGCGUCUUGGUUGAACAGUUUCCCUUUGCCGACCCAGUGGUCAUCCAGCUGUACAAUGACCUCGAACGGGCGGUAUAUGGGGAGCUGGUCCCCGAGUGGAAGAAGGCCAAGGGUGUUUAG